CCGCCAUGGACGCCGCCACGAUCGAACAGAUGAACAAAGUCCGCGUGUCACUCGGCAUGGCACCUUUGCCUGUACCCGGCAAAGACUCUGCGCCGCAGUUCAAGGGACAACGAGAGGAAUCUGUCGAGGAAGAGGACCUCAGCACACUCGAGAAACGCCAGGCUGCCGCUGGAGCGAACUGGGAGAGGCUCGAGGCGGAACGGCAAGAGAAGCUCGAGCGCGAGAAGCGGAAAGCGGCGGCGAAGAAGGCUCGUGACGUCGCAGCACGCUAUGCUAAGAUGGAGGGUAAGGGUCUUGGGGACGCGGAUGAGGAGGAGCUGGACACUCGAUCAUGGCUACUACAACAGAAAAAGCGGCAGAAGAAGAUCGAGAAGGCUCGCAAAUUGGAGGAAGAGCUUGCGGCGAGAGAGCGGGAGGCACAGUUAGAGUAUACCAGCAAAGACUUGGCCGGUGUCAAGGUUGGACACGAAGCAGCCGAAUUCGAUGAGAUCACCGGCGAGCAGGUUCUGACGCUCAAGGAUACUGGCAUCGGCGAUGAGAGCGAAGACGACGAGCUCGAGAAUGCAGACCUGAGGGCGAAGGAGAAGCUGGAGGAACGGCUGCGACUGAAGAAAAAGCGGCCAGACUACGACCCUACAGAGCAGAACGACGUGAAGAACGUGCUAAGCAAGUACGACGAGGAAAUCGAUGGCAAGAGGCAGAAGCGCUUUACGUUGGAUGAUCAAGGCAAUGCCGCUGAGGCGGUGCAGAGGGAGCUUGACGAGGCCGAGGAGGUCAAGAGCAAGGGCGUCAAGAUCAGCCUCGACAUGCUGAAGGAUGAUGCGCCCGUUUCCGACUACAUCGAUCCCUCUACAAUCAAAGUGAAGAAGCCAAAGAAAAGGAAAGAGAAGAAGACGCGGCAGAAGGCGGGGGAUGACGAUGACAUCUUCCCUCCUGCGCAACCCGCGAAAGUGGACGUAGCCGCAGAUACAAUGGAAAUCGAUCGAAUAGACACGAACGGUACAACAAACGGCAAGAAACGCGCUUUCGAGUUUGAUGACGAAGACCUGCAAGCCAAACUUACUGAGCAAAGACGACAAGCUUUGAAGAAGCGCAAGAAGAUGGACGGUGCAGAGCUUGCACGCCAAAUGCGGGAAGAGAUGCCGGUAGAUGAGGAGGAGGCGGGUGAAGGCGGCAUGGUUAUGGAUGAGACGUCCGAAUUCGUGGCCAACUUAAAGAAGCUAGAGGCGCCUGAAGCGCGAGCCAGGCUAAGCCGGACACCACACCCUGCCACGGCCGACAAUGUCGUCGAGGAUGAGGAUGGCGACACUACGAUGGCUCAGUCCUACGCUGAAGCCGCCGACGCGGAAGAUCGUCCCAAACGGGAAGAGUCUGGCACGCCAGCGCCCGGCAUCACCGCUACAGGCCUGGAAGAUGAAGACACCCUUUCCGGCGCUGGGACAGCUGGCACACUUGCCUUACUUCGUAAACGCGGUCUCCUCUCUGACGCCUCCUCGUCCGACUUGAGCGCGAAAGAGCGUCAACGCGCCCACUUUCUCGCAACUAAACAACACCUUAUCGACGCCUACGAUGCGGAAGCCAAAGCUCAGCGCCAGCGAGACCGCGAGUCUGGCAGAUUUACCCGUAUGACAAACCGCGAAAGGGACGAAUACGCCCGCAAAGAGAACGACCGCCGCGAAACCUACAUUGCUAAGCUGUUGGCAGACAUGUUCAAUGCAGAGUAUCGGCCGGAUGUGAAGUUGCGGUAUCAUGACGAGUAUGGGCGAGAGAUGGGCGUCAAGGAGGCUUUUAAGCAUCUCUCGCAUAUGUUUCACGGGAAGGGCAGUGGGAAGCAGAAGACUGAGAAGCGGCUGAAGAAGAUUGAGGAUGAGAAGAAAGAGAUUGCUAAGGGUGUGUUGCAUGCUGGGGAGGAAGGCGGGUUUAUGAAUGUGCAGGGGAGAGAGGGUAAGAGGAGAGGGCAGGCUGGAGUGCGACUGCAAGUGCUAGACCCUAAGGCCACCAUCACGGCAGGAACGAAGGAUAUCUCGAGUCCCGCCCCAAGAGAAAGAGAAUUUGCAUUACGGCAAGCGUCGGCGUACGGCGCAGAGUCCUGCACUCGUAUCCGUAGCGAGCAUCCGCUGGAGGUAUCAUCUGGAGCACCAACUUUUGCCACAAUUAUGGCUUCCGCACCAACAACGCCGUCGCGCUCGGUCUCCAACCAUACUGCCCAUGGUUUCAGCCCGUCGUACUUCGUACACAACAUCAGUCCGGCCAACCGCUGGAGUGAGGACAAUGAGCCACACGUUGUUACUUCUCGCCCAGCCAACCAACGCAUCUCGAGCCCGCCAAAUGUGUGCCGCCUUUGCCCGCUCUCCGCCCCAUUUGCCACGCCGAGCGACAAGACAUGCGCAGCGCACAAAAGUACGCCAACUGUCUGUUCGAUCCAUCAAGUUUUGGCUACUCCGGCACAGAAGACAUGUUCGACAAGCAAGGAUCAGGAGGACACCGUUGAGCCUACUCCGGGCGAGGUCAUGUGGAUGGGGGAGUUGCACCGCUUCGCGGCCGAGUGGUUCGCUAAGCAGUCUGCUGAGAAGGCACCUCGAGGGCAAGACUCGCCAAAGCUGGAAGACACAGGCCAUGCAGAGGUUAGCUCGGAGGAAGCUGAACAGCAGGACUUCAGUCUCCACUCCAUCGACUUCAACUUCCCGUCGCCGUCGCAGCCGUCAAGCCCGGGCCUUGAGAGGGCGAGAGGAGUUACAUCUGCUUGGCAGUGUCUUGACUGCUUCACGGUGUACAUGCUGAAGCACGAGUCUGACUACGCUCCUGUUGAGUGUGAAGGCCGGGGAUACUAUGGGACGAGGUGUGGAGGCACGCAGUUCGUACUCCGCGCGCUGAGAGCGAUCACGAGCGGUGAUGGGGACGACGACCUUUCUGUCAGGGCCUUACCGGUGCGCAAAGACAUCGUGGUCGAUGAAGGGGUAGACGGGGAGCCUUUCUACCACAAAGUUGACUCAAGGAACGACACACCCAUGAAGCCCGCGAAGCAGGUCGAAAUGAUUCUUCCGGUACGCAGUCGCAGCAAAAGGCUCGCCUCCACGCAAGUCCACGGCGAUGAAAAACGUGUCUCGCUGCAUGAGCUGCAUCUGAGCUCAGAUGCUUCAAGCAGCUCGGGCAAGGUGGACGCGUUUCCGGUUACGCAAGGCAGAAUGCUCUACAUGAAUGAAACGUACCAUACUGUCUCCGCCGACAGAAUCCGUCAUCUCAUUGCAGGGCUACAACUCGAGCACGCUGAGAUCCCGUCCAUAGCGGAAGGAUCUCGCUCGGUCGGCGACGAGAUGGCGCUGCCAGAACGCCUUGAGUUUCUGGCUCUUAGCGAGGGGAAGGAGUACAUCAUGCGGCAGAGGACUAUGCUGGGUUAGACUGACUUGGGGGAUGGGGAAUGAUACAUAUCCCUGGGUGACCCUUGGUUUGGGUACGCCUUAGCUCGAUGCAGUCUUGGUGCUUGAGAUUCUAUUGUGUAC